AUGGCCCCCGUCGCUGUGUCCUCCCCCGCCCCCGCCCCGGCCGUCUCCCCCGUCGACCUCAAGAAGGUCGCCGCGGCCACCAACGGCACCGCGACCCCGUACUCGGCAACCUCCACCGCAGUUUCGGAGAACGGCGACAAGACCCUCUACCCGGGUCAGCCGGGAUACAUUGACUCGCUCGUCUCCGCCCAGUCCGUCGUCCCCUCUACCCGCCCCGGAGCCCUCGUCUAUGCCUCCGCCCUCGAGAUCACCGAGGUCAUUGCUUUCCAGAAGUCCUCCGCCGUCUGGGUAUACGACGACGCCCUCGCUAUCGGCUUCGGCACUCGACUCCCCGAGUUUGAGGGCAAGACUGCCGUCUACACCGUCCAGUCGCGCGAGGGUGCCGGACAGGAGCUCGCCGGCUACGCCAAGAAGGCCCAGGGCAAGAUCUCCGUCUUCGCCUCGGCCUCGACGCUGCCGUACCUCGCUCCCCAGCUUGCUCAGAUCGAGGGCGAUGUCAUUAUCCACAUCGCCGCGACUGAGCCCGGAGCCGACCUCGAGCUCGGAGACGCCCUCGCCGUUCCCGGUGUGAUCAAGGCGCUGACCCAGCUGCCUGAGGAGUGGCGUGUCACCUUUGCCAACGACCCGACCGCCCUCUACGCGCAGUCCGGCAAGGUCGUCAACGUCAUCGAGUCGACCUACGCCGGCCGCGAGACGACCGCCUACAAGUUUGCGACCGCGCCGUUCGAGGAGUUCGAGGUCGAGGGUGACUCCAACGCUCUCUACGUUGCUGUCGCUUCGCAUGCCGCCGACGUCCUCAAGGGCGACAAGCUCGUUCUCAACACGCUCCAGCCCGAGCCUUCCAAGCUCGCCGCUGCCGUCGCCGGCAAGAAGCUCGUCGUCACUGGCCCCUCGCGCGCCGACGCCGAGGCCCUCAAGGCCGUCCUCCUCGCUACCCUGUACGCCGCCCCUGGCUCCAGCGCCGGCUUCAACGUCACCACCCAGGUCACCCCCGCCGCCAAGCUCGAGACGGACGCCAAGGUGAUCACCUUCUUCACCGCUCCCGAUGCCCCCGUCGCUCCCCUUGUCGCCAACCUCUUCCUCUCUUCGCCCUCGCUCAAGACCUCGUACGCUACCUACAACUCGGUCUCGGUCAAGGGCCAGAAGAGCGUUGUUGCGCUUGGCGAGACGCGCACCGUCGUCACGCCUGACCUUGCCUCCGACGUCGUCUGGGUCUCCGACUUUGGCGUGCUGAAGCACACCAACGUCCUUGCCACCGCCAAGGAGGGCGCUACGCUCGUCCUCGAGCUGCCCUGGUCCGAGGCCGACGUUCCGUCCAAGCUCUCGGCCGCCGAGAUCAAGACGAUUCAGGACAAGAACAUCCGCGUCUUCCUGCUUGACCUCGACGAGGCUGCUCCCACCGCCCCCAUCGCCGAGCAGGUCGCGUUCCUUCUCCUCUACACCGGCUCGCAGAAGCUGCCCAAGGGCAUCUGGCGCGUCCUCGACACGUACCACAACGGCCAGCUCGGCCGCGAUGCCGUCGAGGAGGCGCAGGCUGCGCUCUCCGAGAUCCCCGCUGCCAACAUUCGUGGUUGGGACGUCGACCCCGAGGCUGUCGGCAAGGUCAAGGACUCGUUCUCCUGGGACGCCCUCGCGUACGAGCCCCUCUCUGGCUCGUCCAAGCCCGCCCUCUCGCACCAGGACCUGGCUGUUCGCCACAUCCUGUUCCGCGAGGCGUACGCGGUCGACGGCGCCAAGGUCGUGGACGGUGUCGCCGAGAUUGACGCGCUCGCGCCCGAGCUGCCCGAGGAGACCUUCAUCGUCACUGUGUCUGAGAACCGCCGCCUGACGCCCGAGUCGUACGACCGCAACGUCUUCCACCUCGAGCUCGACACGGCCAACACUGGCCUCAAGUACGCCGUCGGCGAGGCCAUCGGCAUUCACGGCUGGAACGAUGCUACCGAGGUUCAGGAGUUCAUCGACUGGUACGGCCUGAACGGCGACGACGUCGUCUCCGUUCCGCUCGAGAACGGCACUGUCGCGACGCGCUCGGUCUUCCAGCUCCUGCAGCAGAACCUGGACCUGUUCGGCCAGCCUGGCAAGUCGUUCUACGCCGACCUGGCCAAGCUGGCGACCAAGCGCGAGGACGCGAUGACGCUCAAGUUCAUCUCUGUGCCCGAGGGCGCCGAGCUCUUCGCCAAGCUAGGCGAGAACGAGACGGUCAACUUUGCCGACAUUCUCAAGCGUUUCCCCUCGGCGCACCCGAGCAUCGAGCAGCUCGUCCAGCUCGUGCCCGAGAUCAAGCCGCGCCACUACUCGAUUGCGUCCGCCCAGGCCGCGGUCGGCGACAAGGUCGAGCUCCUCAUCGUCACCGUCGACUGGGUCGACAGCACCGGCCGCACGCGCUACGGCCAGUGCACGCGCUACACUGCCGGCCUCAAGAAGGGCGACAAGGUGACCGUCUCCAUCAAGCCGUCCGUCAUGAAGCUGCCGCCCAACGACGCCCACCCCAUCAUCAUGGCCGGUCUCGGCACCGGUGCCGCCCCGCACAAGGCCAUGCUGCAGUACCGCGCCCUCCAGCGUUCGCAGGGCGAGACCCCGGGAGAGUGCCUGUACUACUUUGGUUCCCGCCACCGCUCCCAGGAGUACCUGUACGGCGAGGAGAUUGAGGCCUUUGUCGCUGCGGGCGUCAUCUCCCGUGCCGGUCUUGCGUUCUCGCGCGACCAGAAGGAGAAGAUCUACAUCCAGAUGAAGAUGAACGAGGACAAGAAGAUGCUCGCCAAGCUCCUCCUCGAGCAGAACGCAUACUUCUACCUCUGUGGACCGACCUGGCCCGUGCCCGACGUUUACGAGGCGCUCGUCAGCGCGCUCGUCGAGGAGGGCGGCCUCUCGCGCGAGAAGGCGGAGCAGUACAUCGAGGACAUGAAGGAGGACGAGCGCUACGUCCUCGAGGUGUACUAG